UGAUUUUUGGAAAUAGGAAGGAUAUUCCAGGAAGGCGGGGUCAAUUUCGAAUGAUGUCUAUAUAUAUAGCACGAGCUAUGUUUCUACAAUCUACUGGAUUUCCCUAUGCACAAGGCAGAAGUUAGAUAUGUCGUAUAUUUCUGGUGUGUUGAUUUCGCUUGGCCUGGUAGCAGUUUUGACUACAAAUAUCGGAUAUGGACACGAAGAUAAUUGGCAAUUAGUAUUCCAUGCAGUCAAAGGUAAUGGUGAAUCUGUCCUUGAUGCCUGGAACACAAAGUCACCAUCACAAUGUACUCCUGACAAUGGCUGUCUUCCUUCGGAUUUUAAGCUGGAUCACUGGAGGAAUAAUUCAAAACAUCUGCGAAGUCCUCUUAUAGAUCAGUGGACGUCACUCAGUAUUAAGAAGAUCAGAGUGGAUCUUGGUGGACAGGGGAAAACACUAGCUUUCUUGGAAUUUGAUGGGAGUGGAAGCAACAACAAGGACUGGUUUAGCAAGUCCAGACUUCUCCAUAGUAGUUGGUCCGAUCUCAAGACCGCCAACACUAACUACUUCUCUAUUGAAGGACACGACAGAGAUACUAAUCCUGUCAAAAGGCACUUCUUCGUUAACCAACGUUAUGCGGGAUGCCCCAAUGAUUCUGGGUGGUUUGUAGUUUUAGACAAGACCAAUGAAGUGUGUUCAUGGGCAAGAAAGGGAAACUUCCCAGCCUUUUUGUACAGCAAAGGUUCUAAAGUUGCAAACUGGAAUCACAGUCCAGGAGUCGCCGAUGUGAUGAAUGUAUAUAUUCAAGCACUGUAGAUUUCAUGGUCUAAACCUUGAAAGUCUUACUGAUUAUGUAUUUGUAAAGUUGUGUCUAUUCAUCAACCCUUCUUAUACGUCAGUUAAUUAUGAAUUACAAUACAUGUGGUUCAUUAAAUACUUGAAAUUGCA